AAGAAAAAUACAUUCCGUUAGGCAGUUGGGGUGGUAAAUUGGGUAGUAUGUAUUUGGAGAAUGUGAAAUGGGCCAUGAAGAACUUUGGAAAAAUUGUUAAUUCGCUCGGUUGGAGCGAGGAAAAAUAUGAACGACGCAUCAAUUCGGUUGUCCAUGAGAUCGAAUUAAAAGGAAAU